AUGAUUGUUUCGGUGACAUCAUCACUUCCAUCACAUAAAUCCCCUGGCCCCAAUGGCCUACCUAAUGGAUACUACCGCAGAUACUCUAAUGUCCUAUCUCAGCCCCUUAAAGAAGUGUUCAACCACUGCAUGCAGGGGGGUUCCCUACCAGUGGAGAUGUUGCUUGCACAUGUCUCCACCUUGCCCAAACCGGGCAUAUCUAAGGACCAGUGUAAAAACUUCAGGCCCAUUUCACUGCUAAAUUGCGAUGCUAAAAUCUAUGCAAAACUAGUUAGUGAAAGAUUAGCACCGCUCCUGAACAAACUGGUCCAUAAUGACCAGUCGGGGUUUGUGAGGGGACGACAAGGUUCCGACAAUUCCAGAAAGGUGCUGAAUAUGGUAGCGGAGAUGGAGAGAGGAAAACUCGGAGGCCCUUUUCUUGCACUGGACUAA